CCAAUGAGGGCAUCAACAACCAUGUCUGAAGUCGCCCCCGCCGCGCCACCUGCUCCCGCUGCGGAGAAGACACCGGUGAAGAAGAAGGCCAGCAAGUCCGCCGGCGGCUCCAAGCGCCAGGCGUCCGGGCCAUCGGUGUCCGAGCUCAUCACCAAGGCCGUGGCCGCCUCCAAGGAGCGCAGCGGCGUGUCGCUGGCCGCGCUCAAGAAGGCGCUGGCAGCCGCGGGCUACGACGUGGAGAAGAACAACAGCCGCAUCAAGCUGGGCCUCAAGAGCCUGGUGAGCAAGGGCAUCCUGGUGCAGACCAAGGGCACCGGCGCCUCGGGCUCCUUCAAGCUCAACAAGAAGGCGGCCUCCGGGGAGGCCAAGCCCAAGACCAAGAAAGCGGGCGCGGCCAAGCCCAAGAAGGCUGCUGGGGCGGCCAAGAAGGCCGCGGGGUCAGCCACCCCCAAGAAGAGCGCUAAGAAGACCCCGAAGAAGGCGAAGAAGCCGGCGGCGGCUGCAGGAGCCAAGAAAGUGACCAAGAGCCCGAAAAAGGUGAAAGCAGCGAAACCCAAGAAGGCGCCCAAAAGUCCAGCCAAGGCCAAAGCCCCCAAGCCCAAGACGGCCAAGCCAAAGGCAGCCAAACCCAAGAAGGCUGCCCCCCAAAAGAAGUGAGGAGUGAGACUGUCUGAGAAUACAAAGGCUCUUUUCAGAGCCACCCAAGCAAUCUGGUAAAGAGCUUGUGAUGUACUUGCACUGGAUGGGGGUUGGGGGUGGAGGAUGGAGGGACUGUUUAUAUACUUUCUGGUUCUUAGCGGUCUGCAUAGUAACACAAGCAAGUACACAAGUACUUUUACCAGAAAGGAUCCUGCACUGUAAAGAGAGUAUAUACAAGGUUAGCACUUGCUCUUGCAGCUUUUCACUCAAAAGUUGAUGCUGCAGACCAGCCAUGGUGAUUACAAGUAUCAUGCUGUAGACAUUUUUUAUUGCUCAGUGUGACUGAGGGCUAUGCGUGAGCAUUUGUGUACCAUUUGGGAGUAGAAAAUGCAGACCAGCUUCCACUUAAAAAAAUAAAGCUGUUCAGAGCCA